AUGACAGCUAUUUCUUCAUCGCAAUCAAAUCAAACAGAGAGUUUGAAACGAAGAUUUGAAACCAGUAAAGGUGAUAAGAAUAUUGGUACCCAAAAUGUGAACAAGAUUAUGAAUGGAGAUGCUAAUUCUAGUGACGUACAUUUACCUGUUACAGAAAUUCACUUGAAAUCACAUGAAUGGUUCGGUGAUUUUAUUACCAAACACGAAGUUCCUCGUAAAGUUUUCCAUUCAUCGAUUGGUUUUAUUACCUUAUACUUAUAUACCCAAGGAAUUGAAUAUAGAAAUGUAAUUAAGCCUUUGGCAAUUGCUUUUGUUAAUAUUUUAGUUUUAGAUAUUAUCAGAUUGAAUUGGCCAUUCUUUAACAAUAUGUACUGUCACGUUGUUGGUCUAUUAAUGAGGAAGAAAGAAAUACAUACUUACAACGGUGUAUUAUGGUACAUAUUAGGUCUAUUAUUUUCCUUCUAUUUUUUCAGUAAGGAUAUUGCCUUAAUGUCAGUAUUGCUAUUAAGUUGGUCAGAUACUGCUGCUUCAACAUUUGGUAGAAAAUUUGGACAUUUAACACCAAAAAUUGUUCCAAAUAAAUCACUAGCAGGAUCCCUUGCUGCAUUCAUCGUUGGUGUUGUAUCCUGCUUGAUAUUGUACGGCUUCUUUUUCCCAUGUUUUCCUCAUCUAAAUGGACCAGGUGUGAUAUCUUGGACUCCAGAGACAAACAAAUUAAGUUUGUUACAGUUAUCAAUUCUAGGUGGAUUUGUCGCAUCAUUAAGUGAAGGUAUCGACGUAUUCAAUUGGGAUGAUAAUUUCACGAUCCCAGUUUUAUCAUCUAUAUUUUUAAGUUUUGUCAUUCGAAUCUUUAAGAUAGAUUAA